GGGUCCUGUCUCUGUUACAGUCGUCCGGCGUGUGUUUCUCGGUCAGUCGACCUGUCUCGUCCCCUUCUCUGUCACCAACAUGUCCCGCUGCCUCGCGCUGGCCCGGUUCGCCCUCGGUUCCUCUCAGAGGGCCAACACACGGCUGUUAACGACAUGUGCACGAGGGCUGAGCAGCCGAAUCACCUCGCGCUCCUUCACCGGAGACCUGCAGGUUGGACAGCUGCAGAGGUGGAGCAGUCGGCCCAGGGUGUGGAGCUCCCAGCGGUCGUGCCUCGGCUUCACCCAGCAGUCUUACUACAGCACCCAGGAGGCUGAGAAAGAGCCUGAGAAAGAGCCUGAAGAGGAGCCUCUGCACAACAUCAUCAGCGAUACGGAGUCUGUACAAGGAAGUUCAUCCAAACAUGAAUUUCAGGCUGAGACGAAAAAGCUGCUGGACAUUGUUGCCAGGUCUUUGUACUCUGAGAAAGAGGUGUUCAUCAGGGAGCUGAUCUCCAACGGCAGUGACGCCCUGGAAAAGCUGCGCCACAAACUGAUGACAGCAGGUGGUGCAACGGCUCAGAUGGAGAUCCACCUGCAGACCGAUAGUGCCAAGGGCACCUUCACCAUUCAGGACACAGGAGUGGGGAUGAACCAAGAGGAGCUGGUGGCCAACCUGGGGACUAUCGCCCGCUCUGGCUCCAAGGCUUUUUUGGAUGCCCUGCAGAACCAGGCGGAGGCCAGCAGCACCAUCAUUGGUCAGUUUGGGGUGGGAUUCUACUCUGCCUUCAUGGUGGCCGACCGUGUUGAUGUGUACUCCCGGUCCGCUGAGCCUGACGCACCUGGAUACAAGUGGUCCUCAGAUGGCUCUGGAGUUUUUGAGAUCGCUGAAGCCGCUGGUGUCCAACAGGGAACAAAGAUUGUACUGCACCUCAAAGACGAUUGCAAGGAGUUUUCCACUGAGGACAGAGUUAAAGAGGUUGUAACAAAGUACAGCAACUUUGUCAGCUUCCCCAUCUUCCUGAACGGACGGAGGCUCAACACUCUGCAGGCCUUGUGGAUGAUGGAGCCUAAGGAGAUUAGUGACUGGCAGCACGAGGAGUUCUACCGUUACGUCGCCCAGGCCUACGACAAGCCCCGCUACACGCUGCACUACCGCGCUGACGCCCCUCUUAACAUCCGCAGCAUCUUUUAUAUCCCUGAAGCGAAGCCGAGCAUGUUUGACGUGAGCAGGGAGAUGGGCUCCAGCGUGGCUCUGUUCAGCAGGAAGGUCCUGAUCCAGACCAAAGCGACUGACAUCCUGCCCAAGUGGCUGCGCUUCCUCCGAGGUGUGGUGGACAGUGAGGACAUCCCGCUGAAUCUGAGCAGAGAGCUGCUGCAGGAGAGCGCCCUCAUCAGGAAGCUCCGUGACGUUUUGCAGAUGAGGGUGAUCCGCUUCCUGCUGGACCAGAGCAAGAAGGAGCCGGAGAAGUACAACAAGUUCUUUGAGGACUACGGCCUCUUCAUGAGGGAGGGCAUCGUCACCACACAGGAACAGGACGUCAAGGAGGAUAUUGCGAAGCUGCUGAGGUUCGAGUCGUCUGCUCUGCCGGCGGGCCAGCACACCAAUCUGAUUGAGUACUCCUCCCGCAUGAAGGCCGGCACACGCAACAUCUACUACCUGUGCGCCCCAAACCGCCAUCUUGCAGAGCACUCUCCUUACUAUGAGGCCAUGAAAAAGAAAGACAUGGAGGUGCUGUUCUGCUACGAGCAGUUCGAUGAGCUAACCCUGCUCCACCUCAGGGAGUUCGACAAGAAGAAGAUGAUCUCAGUGGAGACCGACAUCGUGGUGGAUCACUACAAGGAGGAGAAGUUUGAGGACAGCAAACCCGCCUCUGAGCGUCUGACGCAGGAGCAGUCCGACGACCUGAUGUCCUGGAUGAAGAAUGCUUUGGGCCCCCGAGUUACCAACAUAAAGCUGACUCCUCGGCUGGACACCCACCCAGCUAUGAUCACAGUGCUGGAAAUGGGGGCUGCACGCCACUUCCUCCGCACCCAGCAGCUGGCUCGCACCCCUGAGGAGAGAGCUCAGAUACUGCAGCCCACACUGGAGAUAAACGCAGGACAUGAUCUGAUCAAGAAGCUGCAUGCUCUGAAGGACACAAACUCUGAGCUGGCUGGACUUCUACUGGAGCAGAUCUAUGACAACGCCAUGAUCACAGCAGGUCUGAAUGACGAUCCCCGCCCGAUGAUUUCCCGCCUCAACGAUCUGCUGACUAAAGCUCUGGAGAAGCACUGAGAGCUGCUCACAGACAUGAACAGUACAGACUGACAUGGUUUGGAUGAUGGUGGCCUGCAGACUGAGCGCGUACAAAGCCGCAGUUUCAGGCCUUUGUUCAUCUGGAGCCAUAAAACCAUAUCUCUCUCCCCCUCUGGAGUACGUCAUUCCCCCUCAUGGAGAACACGUGGAGAUGAACUGCUGGAAGCUUCUCCGUAAACACUUACAUGUCUUGAUGCUCUGUGUUCAGCACUAUGUAAUCAGUUUAAACGUCCUGAAUAAUCUGGAUGCAAACCAGCCACAAACAGUGUAGAGAUGAAGAGGGAAAGCACCGAGAAAUAAGUGAGAUGCAUUAAAAAGUUUGUCAGCCCAAAAGUGUGGUAAGAAAAUCCAAUGUCACAUUUCAAAACCAUUGUGAAAUACAGUGUGUAAAAACAGCUUAAAGUCCUGAAGUGCUUUGAAACUGAUCCUGGUUUUAUUAAAAAUGCAAAAUGUUGUCACUGCUGAGUAGAGCUGUUAAACACUUUAUGUUCUUUGUCUUUUUUAUGAUCCCUCCAACAUAGUUCGUUUUCACAUUAUUUAAUAUUUUAAGUUCAUGUUUGUGGUUUAUAUGAAGCAGAAUACCUGAGAUGUGGAAUUAUUUUUGGACUGGGUCAAAUGAAAAAUGUAUUUGUAUAUGGACGAUGGUGUAUGAGCUGCAAAUGUGUCAGUGGUCAAACAUGGAUUCUCAACAUUGGUAUUCAAGUACCAGUGAGUCUAAUAAAAUGGAUUUAAAAUGCUGUCUAAUCAUU